CAAGUAGAAACACUGUAAUAUGAAAAUAAUGCUCAUAAGAAUAAUAAGACAACUUUUUUACAAUCAGCUAUAUAUUUAUAAUGUUAAUCAAUUCUGGAAUCCAAAACACAAUGUUGCGUUUGGCUCGCUCAUUUACAACUGAAUCCUGCUCUAUAUUACCAAAAGACUCGCUUCCUAUUGGAUAUUUGUCGCUUUCUGGGCUAAUUCCCUACAAGGCUGGCCUAGACAUUCAACAGCAUCUUGUCAAGCGUCGUCAUGCCGUAAACCGCGGUCAGUCUACUGAUGAUCCCAAAGACAUCAUAUGUUUUCUUCAGCACAAACCUACAUAUACAUCCGGUCGAAGGAUCCGUAACAAGACUGUAGAAGAUGAAGAAAAGAGAUUACGUGAUUUGGGGGCAGAAUAUUUCGAGACAAUGCGAGGAGGGCAGAUUACAUUCCAUGGCCCAGGUCAAUUGAUUGCUUACCCUAUUAUCGAUAUUAGAGAUUAUAAUCUCAAUGUAAGAUGCUUCGUGUCACGAUUGGAGAAGACUGUUAUUGCUGCAUGCGCCGAGUAUGGCAUCCAGGCCAACACGACCGAGAACACAGGCGUGUGGGUAGGACAGGAGGACAAGAUUGCUGCUCUAGGUGUUCAUUUGCAAAGAUACGUGAGCAGUCAUGGCUUGGCACUAAACUGUGAUGUGGAUUUAACGUGGUUUGGCCAUAUUGUGCCAUGUGGAUUAGCCGACAAACGAGUGACCUCCAUUAGUCGGGAGCGGGGAUGUAUCACCAAUGUCGAAAAUGCGUUGCCAAAGCUUAUUAAAAGCUUUGAAAAGACAUUCCACAAGCCACUCGUGCCCCUUGCACAGGAUAGUCGACUGAUGAUUGAGAUUCAAGAGAUUAUAGAUAAAAACCAGCAGCAAUCAUAACGAUAAUAAUAUUCGCAUUAA